AUGACGGCACCCAAAGUCGACACAACAUACCUAACCGAGCAGCUGAAGCUGUUGGUCAGAAGUCCAGAAGCGAUUGUCGACGAUGGCGACGAUGCACAGCGUUCGGAGCUCCAGCGCCUUACUCGCCAGGCGUCGAUAGCCUUAGAGACGAGCCAGGAGUCCAUGCAGCGUGUCAUGUUCUCGCAUUUGCCACUCGUCACCACGCGCCUAAGCAACUCCUUUGGUAUCUUCGCCCCUUUGGCCAAAGCUAGCCUCGCCAAUCCGGUGCCACUUGAAGAGCUCGUGAAAGCCAGCGGCCUGAACAGACCUCUUGUCCGUUCCAUCAUGGACUACAACGUCUACCACGGUGCAGCAGUUGAGCCUCAGCAGUACUUCUACGCACCCACCAAGCUCACUCACAGUUUAUUGGAUCCGAAGUCGGACGUAACUACCACUUGCUGGCACGAACUUGUCGGACCAGCCUAUGGCAAGCUUCAUCAGCUUUUGAAGCACGGAGCUGGUGCGGGCAAAAGAACGGCUUUCCAAGUCGCUCACGACACAACCGAGACCUUCUACGACUUUCUGGAGAGCCGUCCAGAGAAACACUCCAUCUUUUACGGUUACAUGGCGGCUAACCAUUCGGUAACUGCGAAAUGGACCAAUGUCGUCCGCUUCGACGAGGAACUUGCCGCAGGUGCCAAGAAAGACGAGACAGUGUUCGUUGACAUUGGCGGUGGCGAUGGCGGGCAGUCCAUUGAGGCCCAAAAAGUCCACAAGCUGGGCGGAAAGAUCGUCCUACAAGACCGUUCAGCGGUCAUUGCAAAGGCUGCCAAGGCACGAGAGGCCGGCAUCGAGACCAUGGAUUACGACUUCUUCACCGAGCAGCCUAUCAAAGGAGCCCGUGUGUAUUUCAUACAGUUCGUCCUGCUCAAUUGGGAUGAUGAGGCAGUUGUGAAGAUCCUGUCUUCACAAGUUCCGGCCAUGGGUCCCGACAGUCUGCUGGUGAUUGUGGACUUUGUGCAGUGCCACCGAUGGGUGAAUCUGAAAGAGGACGGUAGUCCGCAAGAGCCCGAUUUGUGGACCCCGUCGACCGCAAUCGCCGCCUACUCCUGUCACGAAUCCAAGGGUCGUGCUCGCGAAGAUUAUGGGGCUUUGCUGGAGCGGGCAGGUUUGGAGCUGAAGGAGACGAGGAUUUAUACCGGCGCUGGCCAGGGUGUCAUGAUAGCCAAGAAGAAGCUGUAG